AUGCCUCUCGCCAACCGUGUGAUCUGCUCGCUCCUGUUCCGUCCUUCCGGUCAGGGCGAGUACGUGUGCAACUCCUGCAGCCGCCAGUACCGCAGCGCGCACGGGUUUACAAACCUGAUGAAACACCUGCGGCGAUUCCACCCAGGCUUCAAGGCCGAGACGGUGCUGCGCAACAAAUAUGCCCUUCAGAUGCAUGUUGUGAUGCACGGAUGUCUGACAUCUACCGCUGGGUAG